CAUGAACUUCACCUAAUCUUUCAGUCCUUUAAGCAUUGAAAAAGCUUCAGAUUCACCAAAAACCCAACAAUGCUGAUAUCAGAUUCACCAAUCUUGUUCUUCUUCCAAACCAUCGUAGCUUUGAUCCUAUUCAUCCUUCUUUUUCGUGUAACCCUUGUCUUCUUCCUUCUCACCCUUCUCUUUGCCAUUUGUUCCGACAUUGUUUACAUCCUUUUGGACCUUCUUUGCCCUCAACUCUAAAGCUGCCUCAUCACAUACACAAUUUCCAUCCUCUAAACCUACGGUCCGCUUCCCCUGCUUUAUCAAACGGAAUCAAAGAACUCUUCAAAUUCUGUCCACCUAUAAAAUCCAAACAUUUCAAAAAUGCAAAAGCAAAAAUGGGGUUAUCAGUCCAAACAGUGGCACCAUCUUUAACCUUUAUCAGUCAUCAAACAAGCAUCAAAUUCCUCAUAUCUCGGGAAUCCAACAAUCUUCAUUUUCUUAUUCCAAAAAGAUGGACCCAGUAUUCAAGUAGUUGUUUUGUUCUUAGAUUCCCCUUUCGCUCUUAUUCUAAUUUUCCUUCUCCCCAGACUUCUUUUCCGCUUUGCCCUCGUUUUUCUCGGUCUCACCCUCCUCUUCCUUCUUUGUUCCCACUCAGUUUUCAUUCUCUUCCAUCUCUUUUAACUUCAAUGGCCACUUCUCAAGCUGACAAUUACUCCUCUCAGCCUUCCCAAACCCAAACGGUACGGGCUGUGAUAAAGGGUAGGGUUCAGGGUGUGUUUUAUAGGAACUGGACAAUAGAGAAUGCUACUCAAUUAGGCUUGAAAGGUUGGGUUAGGAACAGGAAGGAUGGUUCAGUGGAAGCUCUUUUCUCUGGUAGCCCAGACUCCGUUCAGGAGAUGGAGCAGAGGUGCCGUCGUGGUCCACCGGCUGCCAUGGUUACUGGGCUUGAAGUUUUCCCUUCCAAUGAUGAUCCCGGCACUGGAUUUGAGAAGAAGCCUACAAUUUGAUGAUGCUAUAUAUAAAGAGGACUAUCGAUGAUUUGCCUACUUUACACUGAGAUUCUGCACACAUGGUUAGAGAAGGGUGACAAGGUGAGUGAUGCAUAAAGUUGGGAAUAUGAUGAUGUUAGAUAAAUCAUGAAAUUCAGAGCUCCUUUCAUUUUAGAACCAAAACCAGACCCUAUCUUAUAUGGUUCCAUGUAUUCAACAUAAUUCAAUUAUUUCUUUAUUUCCCAUCAGACAAGCGUAGGGACAACACGGUGCUUCAUAUUUUUUCAUAUUUCUAAGUAAUAAUGAUAUUAUUAGCCACAUAUAUAUAUAUAUAUAUGUAUGUAUGUAUGUAUUUCUUGAUGAUCAAGUUUGGCCGUAGAAAAACUUCUCUCGCUUGAAAAUUUUCCUUGGGCUUGAAACUGACUGAUAAAAUUACUUAUCAACAAUUCAAGCUGGUUAACUUUUGAAGAUGAUCUGAAGUCAUUGUUUGUACCUCAUUGCCAACAUUGUAUAAACCACUCAUAUUUUCUCAAUGCUCACUCAAUAAAUGCGAGGGCCUGUUUAAGAUAGAGUAGGACCAAGUAGUGAAAGCAGAAAACGCAAAACAUUGGUCUUUGUCUCUGAUUAAAAUGAAAAAUGCCAUGCAUCUAGUACCGUGAAAGAGAUGGUUCAACGGCGCAGGUCUCCAAGGCUGGCAUUCUUGUCCAGUUACUCCCAUUCAUAGCAGUGCUUAAAAUCUACAUGACUGCGGAUUCAUUGUAGAUGUACUGGAGGGCCUACUGUUUGAAGAAAACUAUCAAACUGUACUGCUAAUGACCUAAUUCUACAUCAAUCAAUUUAUGUAACUUCCCCCCUCUGUUAAGCAUCAAUUUUCAAUAGUGAAGGGUUUUAUCAUAAACAAACACUGAAUUUAGUCCCACUUUACUGCAAUAUCCUGUGGUAAGAUAAGGCGAAAUCAAGAAAAAGAUUAACGUGAAUAUUCGUGUUAAGAACAGUAGAAUACCGUGUGGCUCCACAGCAUUACUUGAAAAUAGUUUCUAACUUUGAUUCACAAACCAAUAUAAAUACCUCCAAGUCUGGCAGAAUGGCAUGUAGAUUUUCAAAGAAACUCAUAAACUCACUGCGAUAAUUGUCAAUCAAGAACAUGGCAGAAAGCAAAAGAGGGUUAAUGAUGUUCAGGCCUUUCUUUCAGAAACUACGAAAGAGGUUCUCGAGUUCAGCAUACAGCACAUCUCCAGAACUCAACCAUGACAAAUUCGAUGAAGACAUGAGCGUCGGUAAAGCAGUGCCAGGCGAUGUUAAGGAAGGAUUUUUUGCUGUCUCUGCAGCGAAUGGAAAAGAAACACAGAGGUUUGUUAUUGAAUUGGACCACUUAACAAACCCUGAAUUCCUAAGCCUACUCGAUGAAGCUCGGGAAGUAUAUGGAUCCCAUCAAACGGGGGUCCUUUCUCUCCCUUGUCAGCCUCAUGAAUUAGAGGAGAUUCUUGAACACAGCAAAGAAAACAAUGUCUGCAUUGAAAGUCAGGAUAUGGUAAUGCUACCUUAACGGGAAGCUACUAGGAUGAUAAAUAAAAUAUUGGUUGUAAUCUUUCAAGUUCUUGUACCAGUGAACAUGUCUUGCUUGGAUGUCAGAUUUGUAAAAUUUCACUAUUGCUAUCCCGCUGUGUGUAGUCGUGAUAUUUUUGCUGUCGAAUCCAUUUGCACCCUAAUGUCUUGCUUGGUUGGCAAACUUUUAAGGCUUUAGCGUGCAAUGUCAAGCUACGUUAUCUUGUCUUAUUAAUGUAAUCCUUGUGGUUUAGUGUGCAAUGUCAAGCAAUGUCAAACUUUUGUAAGUUGAAUAAAA